AUGAGAUCUUCAUACGUUCAGAAAAUUUUCUCUGCUGUGUCUUCUACCUUUGCCCCUUGGGUCAAUCUUGGUAAAGAUAUGCUCAGCGCUCGUGUUAGCCCUUGGGUUGAUGCGGGUAAAGACAAACUCACCAUUGCCAUGACAGUUCCGUCUGUUAAUGACACUUGCACUUCGUGCAAUAUCCCUCUCGUCUCCUACUGCUGUGAAGCAGAAGGAGUGAAGAGGGCCGACAUUACUACUAACUGUGCACAGGAAGCUCCAUUUUUUGAAUUCGUCAACAUCCCACAGAUUAAUGUUAUCGCCAACUAUGCCCACCUGUUCGUGGGCAUCGACAUCGACUCUAUCCGCCUUGCUCUGCUCCACCAGAUCGUUGCUCCUUGCCCCCACAGAGAGAGAGACCCUGAGGUGACUACCUGGAAAAGAUUGGCACCACCCCAGCACCGGCCCAAGGAACUGGCCAAAGGAAACCUCAGAACAACAGUUAUGAUUGCUGGCCUCGGUAUUGGUGGUUGGUACGAAUCGGCGGAUACAUUUCCAGGCGGAUACCGUGGAUUUCUGGACCCCAAACCUUAUGAGCCCCGGCAGGUACGACGUCGCCUCUACAGACGCAGGACUUUCCUCAAGGUGAUUACCGGCAAGGAGACUCCUGUCGAGGUUAUGAAGCGACUCCACCACGAGAAGAGCCAUGACUUUAGGUACAAAUAUAUCGACACGCAGAUCAACUACAAAUCCUGUGCCAAAACAGGAACACCACACGUGCCACUCGCCGAAACUGUUGGACAACUCAAUCGCGUUGAAACUCCAAAGUGGUACCGGAUGAAGAAACUCAGCUUCCUGCACCCCGGAAUGUGGCACCACGGAAUCAGAAUCCGCCCUCAGCGCAACGGAAAGGUCGACCGAGUAACCGGAAGCAUAGAGUACACCGAUGCGUUCCACGCGGAAGGCGUAAACACACAGUACCCUCGCUCUCUCAACUACGGCAAGGACCACCCAAGUGCACCCACCGCAAUAGAAAUGUGGGAGGCGACACCCGCCCGGAAAGGCACGCCACUUGCUCAUCCAAGCAAGAGGCCAGACCACGGCCAUCAUAGAUACUGUUAA